GGGAGCGGGGGCAUGGAGCAGCGGCGGGCUCCGAGCCGCGCCCCGCAGUCCCCGAAACUUCCGAGCGGGCGCCUGGCGGCCUGAGAGCGGGACCAUGGAUGAAAGGUUCAACAAGUGGCUGCUGACGCCCGUGCUCACUCUCCUCUUCGUGGUCAUCAUGUACCAGUACGUGUCCCCCUCCUGCAGCAGCUCGUGCGCCAACUUCGGGGAGCCGCCCGGCCCGCCCGCCGCCGCACCCCCGAGCCCCGCGCGCCGGGCACAGGCGCCCCCGGACGACUGGGAGCGGAGGCCCCAGCUGCCCCCGCCGCCCCGGGGACCCCCCGAGAAAUCCCGGGGGGCCACGACGCCGGACGACGAGGACGAGGAACCCGGGGACCCCGAGGAUGCCAGGGGCGAGGAGGAGCUGGGAGAAGAAGAGAACGAGGAAGAGGAGGAGGAAGAAGGAGAGGACGAGGAAGAGGAGCCGGACCCCGAGGAGGCCCCCGAGAAUGGCUCGCUGGCUCGGUUCGCGCCCCGCUUUAACUUCACCCCCAAAGACCUGACCCGCUUCGUGGACUUCAACAUCAAGGGGCGCGACGUGAUCGUGUUUCUGCACAUCCAGAAGACGGGGGGCACCACGUUCGGCCGCCACCUGGUGAAAAACAUCCGCCUGGAGCAGCCGUGCAGCUGCAAAGCCGGCCAGAAGAAGUGCACCUGCCACCGGCCCGGCAAGAAGGAGACGUGGCUCUUCUCCCGCUUCUCCACCGGCUGGAGCUGCGGGCUGCACGCCGACUGGACCGAGCUCACCAACUGCGUACCGGCCAUCAUGGAGAAGAAAGACUGUCCUCGCAACCACAGCCACACCAGGAAUUUCUACUACAUCACCAUGCUGCGGGACCCGGUGUCCCGGUACCUGAGUGAGUGGAAGCACGUUCAGAGAGGGGCCACAUGGAAGACCUCCCUGCACAUGUGCGACGGGCGGAGCCCCACCCCGGACGAGCUGCCCACCUGCUACCCGGGGGACGACUGGUCCGGGGUGAGCCUGCGGGAGUUCAUGGAUUGCACCCACAACCUGGCCAACAACCGUCAGGUGCGCAUGCUGGCCGACCUCAGCCUGGUGGGCUGCUACAACCUGACGUUCAUGAACGAGAGCGAGCGCAGCGCCAUCCUGCUGCAGAGCGCCAAGAACAACCUCAAGAACAUGGCUUUCUUCGGCCUCACCGAGUUCCAGAGGAAGACGCAGUUCCUCUUCGAGCGGACAUUCAACCUCCAGUUCAUCUCGCCCUUCACACAGUUCAACAUCACCCGGGCCUCCAACGUGGACAUCAGCCAGGGCGCCCGCCAGCGCAUCGAGCAGCUCAACGUCCUGGACGUGCAGCUCUAUGACUACGCCAAGGACCUCUUCCAGCAGCGCUACCACCACACCAGACAGCUGGAGCACCAACGAGACCGCCAGAGGAGGAGGGAGGAGCGCAGGCUGCAGAGGGAGCACCGGGGACGAGGCCACCGAGGCUGGAAGGGUCAGGGUCAGGGCCGCCCACCCGGGGGAGCCGUCACAGAGGACUACAACAGCCAGGUGGUACGAUGGUGACCCCCACUCCCUGGGAUGUCAGGCCGGGCACCCGCAUUGUGUGGCAUGGCCUCUUUCUGUGGACCACCCUUCUGUGGCUACAAGCUGUGGACCCCUGCUUCCUCCUUGCUGGAGAGAGUCCAGCAGGCCUCCCUCCCAACACAGCCUUGUGCUUUUUUUUUUUUUUUUUUUUUUUUCCAGUCUGUGACAUUUUUUUCAUCCAUGAGAUGAAACAGUCUGGGAAUCCAUCUUAGACAGAGGUCUCUCCAGAAGGGGUCCGAGAUGAAGAGGAAAGAGCCUUUGCAGCCUCCUUGGACAGAAGCUUUAUCUUGGCAGUUGGAAUCACCAGCAGAUGCUUGUGAAAAGCCAGGGGAUGGCUUGGAUAUUUCUCAUGAGGCUGUUCUGUCUUCUACUGUCUCUGUAAUAGGGAUGCAGGCCGGUUUAGAGAGAGGGGAUAAGAAGGUCCUUUCUUUACAGUCAUGGGGUGAGAUUUAAGGCUGCCCCCUGACUUUGGGCACAGGCUUGCACCCAUGAACUCAAUUUGAACAUAGUCUGAAUCAGGAGUAAUGUGUUCUGUCGUUGCCAUUGUUGUUAUUAUUAUUAUUCAACAAAAUUGUCCUACGUAUUGGCCAUGGCUAGGAGGACCUCACCUUCUUUAAAGCCCCUGCCUCUUGGUCAUGUUUCUCCCCACUUCCACCCCUCCAGCAUCUUUUAGGGAACAAGGUGGUUUCAGCAGGAGCCUGUGAACCCCAAGAAAUGGACACUGGUAGGGGGAGUCUAGGGCCUCUAGGGAAAAAAAAAAAUCUGCCUACUAGCAAAUGUUGAAGGUAUCCACCCUUCACCAUUUUUAAUUUCCCUGCCAGGGAAGAGUGAUAAGGGAAGGAGGUGAAAAGCAGAAGGUGCAGGCUCUAUCUGACAUCCCCCAGCUGGCUAAAGAGACUUUCUGAAGGGGUCUUCUCAUCUUCCUUGUUUGCAGCAGGUAUAUUCUGGAGAUGGGGCCGCCAGGCUUGAAACUCAGUGAGCACAGAGGAAAAGACAUUGCAGAUUGAUUCGGCCAGAAGAAUAGGAGCCUAGCUAGUGAGUCUAUGAAAUGGAAUCAGGGUCACAAGAUCUAUAAUAACUGAUUUUGGUCCAGAGACACAAAACUCAGUGAGAGGAUGAUGGUUAUUGGAGAGGUUUAGACAGACUCUAACUCUCAGCACCUUGAAUAUUUCCAGCUCCAGAAUGUCUUUUUUUUUUUUCCUGCUUCCCUUGGUGUUUACUAGUUGUUAAGACGGUGACUGCAACCAGAAAAUCAGAAUAGAGUGUAUAAAACUGGACCAGAAAUGUACUGUAUCGCCGAAUGCAGCCUAUCCACCCCCUCCACCCUUUUCCAACACAACUAUGAAAACACCAAAGGCUUUGAAUAAUAAAGGGAGAGGUAGAGAGGAGGGGUUAGAGAGCCCUUGCCUUGAAUUCAGCAAGAAGAUCAGAGCGAGUAGAAAGUUUCACAGCGGAUUGAUCGGAUCAAUCCCUUGAAGGAGCUGAAGGCAAAAUGAGUGAAGCCCCUAUAUCAGACCACAAAGCCCGUUUCAUUGAUAACUGCCAUGUUUGAUGUGUAAGUCAGCUUUCCAUAAGCCACCGCUCAGCUUCUGGGAUCCUCUCUCAGGGACUGAGAGUCAAUCAACCCCAAUGUGUGUGGACAGCCUGUCUGCUCAGGGGGAGUUACCUAGCAUCCCCAUCAAAGAGAGAUCCCGAGAAGUGGUUUCCAUGCUUCUCGAACCUCCCUGAGCUUCCUCUGUCACUUGAGGGAAGGCAUUAGCUCCCUAGUUUCCAAGAUGUGUAGGAGCCCCUCCCCAUUCCUUACAUCUGUCCCAAGCAAGGUAGACGCUGUGGGUCACCGUCCCAUUGAGGAGAAAAAACAAAACACACCUGCAGUUAAAUAACCUCCUGGUGGAUUGGAAAGUAGACCUGGCUUGACUGCAAAGUACAACAAGCUCUUCUCACUCCAGCAUGUUUUCCACUGGAGAUAAAAGCUUUCUGCUAAUCUGGUAGGAACCCAAAGUCAUUCUUACCCAGAAGGACCUCUCUCUCUCCCCAGUGGUGGGGUCUCCAAGCUGGAACAAGGCUAAGAGCUGUGCUCCCACAAAGGGCAUCCUCUACAUCCCCCACCCAGCAAUGGGCUCAAUGAGUAUUGACAUUUUAGGGGAUUGUCUUUUUCUGAGAUACAGAUGAGGGCCAAUCAAGGGACCUAAUAUUGAUUAUUAGUACAGAUGAAGUCCACAAAAGAUCAGUGCUUCCUUUUGAGAUAAAUCAUUUACUCCAAUGAGAGGGAGGGAAGGAAAACAGUAGUAGCCGGGCUUAUAGAAUCUCUCCUUCUCUCUCUCUUAUCUUCACAUUUUCAUGUUAAGAUCAAAUUUUUACCUGGAAUGAGAGAACUGCAGAUUGUAUCUAUCUGCCUGACACACAUACACACACGGGGAGAGAGAGAGAGAGAGAGAGAGCGCAAUCCAGUGUUUCCUCAUGUUGAAAAAUAUUGAUUGUUUUUUCUCUCUCUCUUUUUUAAUAAUCUUUUUUCUUUGGGUAGUGACAAUAAGAAAUCAAGAAGGGAGUGGGGAGAUAGAGAGGGAGAGAGACAGCGAGACACCUUCAGCCCUGCUUCACCAUUUGUGAAGCUUUUCUCCUGUAGGUAGAGGCCAGGGCCUUAAACCUUGGUCCUUACACAUUGUAACAUAUGCACACCACCAGGUGCACCACCACAUGGCCCCUUGAUUGCUUCUCUUCAGCUCACUUUACACAUUUGGCAGGGAUCCUGUGUCUGACUGAGCCUGGAGGCAGCCCCAGCUCCAUACUAUUCCUUAGGCACCUGGCAGCCUUCUCUCACAUGGCUUUCUGCAGCUUGGCUGCUGGAAGCAUGUGGGGGGGGGGGGCUCCCCUUCUGAGCAGAGAGCAAGAUGUGCAUAUGAGAAGCCCCACCUCUUGGUGCUGGCCCCACGCCACUUUUGAAUAAAUUUAAAAGGGCCGAUGCUGCCUCCCUCCCUUAGAACAUUUCAUUGGAAAGCAGCCUCUUCUCAGACCCUGGGGACCUGUGUGGAUGAGAAUGGAGAGGGUGGGACAUGGUUUGUUCUCUGAAAAUUUAGAACACACCUCCACAUAGAGAAGAGCCUGGGGAAGGAUGCCAGCUGAAGCACUAGGCCUGAGCAUCCAGGGGCGUCAGCAGCCUCCAGGCCCCAAACCAGAUAAGUCCAGAAACAUUCCUGUUAAAUGCCCAAGAUGAGGAACAUAUGCACACACACACACACAUAUAUUUUAUUUUUUUCAGUUUAUUUUUUCAUUUUUUGUCUCCAGGGUUAUCACUGAGGUUGAGUGCAUGGACAAUAAAUUCAUGGCUCCUGGUGCCUAAUUUUCCCUCAUUUUUUCUUUCUAUUUUAUUUAUUUAUUUAUUUAUUUUUCCUUUAUAGGGGGAUUAAUGUUUUACAUUCAUAGUAAAUUACAACAGUUUGUACAUGUAUAACAUUUCUCAGUUUUCCACAUAACAAUACAACCCCCACUAGGUCCUCUGUCAUCCUUUUUGGACCUGUACUCUGCCCCCACCCACCCCAGAGUCUUUUACUUUGGUGCAGUACACCAACUCCAGUUCAGGUUCUGCUGAGUGUUUUCUCUUCUGAUCUUGUUUUUCAACUUCUGCCUGAGAGUGAGAUCCUCCCAUAUUCAUCCUUCUGUUUCUGACUUACUUCACUUAACAUGAUUUCUUCAAGCUCCAUCCAAGAUGGGCUAAAAAUGAUGAAGUCACCAUUUUUAAUAGCCGAGUAGUAUUCCAUUGUGUAUAUAGACCACAACUUGCUCAGCCACUCAUCUGUGGUUGGACACCUGGGUUGCUUCCAGGUUUUGGCUAUUACAAAUUGUGCUGCCAAGAACAUAGGUGUACAUAGAUCCUGUUAGAUGGGUUUGUUGGUUCCUUAGGAUAUAUCCCCAGGAGAGGAAUUGCAGGGUCCUAGGGUAGGUCCAUUUCUAGCCAUCUGAGAGUUCUCCAGACUGUUCUCCACAGAGGUUGGACCAAUUACAUUCCCACCAGCAGUGCAGGAGGGUUCCUUUAACCACACAACCUCUCCAGCACUUGCUACUAUUACCUUUUCUGAUGUGUGACAUUCUCACAGGAGUGAAGUGGUAUCUCAUUGUUGUCUUUAUUUGCAUUUCUCUGACAAUCAAAGACUUGGAGCACUUUUUCAUGUGUUUCUCAGCCUUUUGGAUCUCUUCUGUGGUGAAUAUUCUGUCCAUAUCCUCUCCCCAUUUUUGGAUGGGGUUCUUUGUUUUCUUGUGGUUUAGUUUGGCACGCUCUUUAUAUAUUUUGGUUAUUAGCCUCUUGUUUGAUGUAUGGCAUGUAAAGAUCUUCUCCCAUUCUGUGAGGGGUCUCUUGGUUUGGGUAGUGGUUUCUUUUGCUCUGCAGAAGCUUUUUAAUUUGAUGUUGUCCCAUAGGUUUAUGUUUGCCUUAGUCUUCUUUGUAAUUGGAUUCAUUUCAUUGAAGAUGUCUUUAUAAUUUAUGCGGAAAAGAGUUCUGCCAGUAUUUUCCUCUAAGUAUCUGAUACUUUCUGGUCUAACAUCCAAAUCCUUCAUCCACUUGGAAUUUACUUUUGUGUUUGGUGAAAUAUAGCGGUUCAGUUUCAUUCAUUCUUCUGCAUGUUUCAACUGAUUUUUUCCAACACCAUUUGUUGAAGAGAUUCUGCUUCCCCCAUUUAAUAGUCUGGACACCUUUGUCAAAGAUUAGAUGUCCAUAAGUGUGGCAGCUUACUUCUGGGAUCUCAGUUCUAUUCCAGUGGUCAGACAGACACACAUAUAUUUUAAUUACCCAGGGAAUAUCACAUCCCAUUGACUCCAAAAACUCCCAUGGAAGUAUCACUUUCUUGGCAAAUGGCCUCCCCCAGAAACCAGGUUAGGAUGGGGUGCUCAUGUUGUGUGUUUUUGUGUGUGUGUGUGUGUGUGUGUGUGUGUGUGUGUGUGUAAGUCAAAGUUUUUAUCAGCAACUAAAACAUAUUGAUGGCUUCAUAUUUAGCUUUGGACUCUGAGCCCAGAAACUGAAACUUCUGUUAUCUAUUCUUUCUUCUGAAGUUUGGGCAGCCUUCCCUGAGGACUACUAGAAACUCUUUAAUCAUCUAUAAUACUCACAAUCAGUGUUGGAAGACAGUUAAAGGGAUUGUGUGUUAGGGUUUUUGUUGUUGUUGUUUGUUUGUUUCUAUCAUUGAACUUCACUGUCCCAGACUGAGGUUUGUUUUUUUCUCUAGAUCAAAAGAGAGACAAGAGAUAGAGGGAUAGGCAUUAUCAUUCUGAAGUUUCCUCUGGUGUUUUGAGUCAUACAUGUGACAUUACCUGAAGGAGAUAAUGUCAUACUAGCUUUAUAAAAAGGCUGGAAUAUGAGAACCUGUUUAAAGGUCUACGUGGAGAUUGUAUUGAUGAAGAAAGUGAAUCAGAUAAGUAACUUUGGAAAGGAAGUAGUCAUAAAGCAUGGGGGGAAAAGUCUAAGCUCACUAGAUAGAAUUCCCUUUUGGAGACCUUGACAGAGAAAGUCAAAAUAACAGGCUAAAACUAGUGCUCUCUCACUGAAAAGAAAACUUUUUUUGAUAGUUCUGUUUUGUGGCAUUACUUGAAUCCAGGCCUUCCUUUGUUCUAUUGCUCCAAUGGGUAGCUUCCACCUCAUGACCCCAAAUGACUGCCACAGAUCCUGCCAUCUCAUUUAUGCUUAAGGUAGUAGAGAGGAAAUGGAAUGAAAUCGCACAUGUCACUUCCUGUCACAUCUCAUGGGUGAGAACCUAAUCAUAAACUACAACAAGAUGCAAAGAAGGCUAGCAGAUGUCUUUGUGAUUGGUUGUCAUAGGCUGUGAAAAAUAUGAGAGCUCUAUUAUGAGAGAAACAAUGUGAAAAUUAAUCCUGAUUUAAAAAAACAUAUAUAUGUUGACUUGACAGAAAAGGGAACUGGAAAAUAUGCCAAGGGCUUUUCAAUGUCAUCUAGAUGUUUUUGCAAAGAAGAUUAAAAUCCAGAGCUUUUUACAACAUUUUAUACUUUUCAAAACAUGUGUACAUUUUCUACUGCAUGUGACCUUUGUGAGCCUGUAUAUUAAAUAGGGUCUCUAAUUACUCUCCCAUUGAAUAGUCUGACAUGGGGGUUCAGGCAUGCUGGAAGAGUUCCCAAAGACUGCAGUGUACUUACAUGAGAGUAGCCCAGAGCCUCAGCUUUUGAACUUGAGAACUAUCCCUCCUACUUUAUGCUAGUCAGCAUGAGUGCUGGGACUGGGAAUUGCAAGAAUAUGAAAUCUAAAUCUUUAUUGAUCUGAUCUUCUCUGCCCUUCUCCUGGAAUCUCAGUGACUUAGAAAACACCAGGGAGGCAAUUCAAGUUGGCUCUCAGCCUCCCAUUCCAACCCCCCAACCUCGCUUCCAGCAAGGGAGUCUUUUAUUAAAAGUGAGAUGUCCAGAGACGGACAGUUUCAGGGAAGAUCAAGCUCAGACACUCAACAUCUUUUGGCUGGACGUUGACCCCCAUCCAAUCCCAAACCAAAACAAAACAAAAAACUUCUCCAGACGAAGGCUGAGGGAAUGUGUUCAUAAACCCACAGGGAACCCCUGUGCUAGAAACGUUGAGAAUCAAUAUCAGCCUCAAUAGCGAAGUGUCAAAGGUGGUCAAUAGAGCCCAUACUCAGAAAGAAAAAAAAAAAAAAACCUUCCCUCUCUCUUCUUCUUCCCUGGGUCCCUGGGAUUUUUAUCCACAAUGUAUUGCUUUGGCUCUUAAAAGGUGUAUCUGAUCUUAAAUGAGUCCCUUUGCACACACUGCCUGGAAAGAGGAAACACUUGAAGCUGUCAUCAGCUAACAUCUCCGGACAGAGAUAAUCUGCUUUCUUUCUCUACCAUGACCUCUAGCUGAGAAGAAGGUCUGUGUAAUGGAAUCAUACAGAGGUGGUGGGGGGAGAGGGUUAGGUGUGACUCUGGGGAAAAGUGAGGUUCCAGAAAGAGAAGCUGAUCUUUCAAAGGUGAAAAGAUGAGGAAUUAAAUAAAAUGCACCCAAAAAAUGUAGACAAAGGGCUAGCAUAUGGUCUCUGUUCUCAAGAACCAGGGCAGACAGGACAAGGGCAGAAUGAGAGUCUUGCAGACACCCAUCAUGAACACAGGAAGGGUUGCACCAGUGUGUCUACAACUGUACUGUAAACAAUUAAUUCCAAGCCUCCCACCCCAGAGUAAAUAGGAGAGUGAGAGAGAGAGAGAGAGAGAGAGAGAGAGAGAGAGGAAGCAGAGAAAGGACUGAGGAGUUGAAAGAACUGAUGGAGUUGAAAGAGUUGGGGAAGAGAGAAAGCUAGGGCAGAAGUAGACAAAGAAGACCCCUGUGCUCAGGUGGUGUCUUAACUCUUCCCUUGUGGUUUGUGUCUGUUUGCUGUUUGCCUCUUCUGGUCACCAGAACUCCCGCUGGACCUGGAUACCUUCAGGCUGGCGACCAGGUCUGAUCACAGGACACAUUGAUGUCCCUUGCAGGAAAUAAACAAAGUUUCUUCCUCCUUCAAGACAUUUUUGGUGUUUCUCUUUAUUCCCUUUCUCUGUUUCUGUUGGACACAAGUCUGCUGUUGUUCUCUUGCCAUAGUGUCCUGGACUCACUGGAACUGAUGUCCCUGAAACUUUGAAUUAGGCCUUCUCCCUUCUGGGCAGCUUGUAGCCUAAUGGACUGGAUGGAAAAGACAUGGAGCCCAUCUGGACAAAAGCAACCCUCUUUGCAGAAAUACUGAGCUCUCCAGAGGGCUGGCCUUGCUCUGAUACCACAGCAGCUGCAAGACUCAUGUCCCUGCACCUAUAGGCCAGAGCCCAAGGUCACCUCACAGAACUUGGAUGAGAAAGUGUGGAAGCACCCAUCUUUCUUGAGCUGUGUGCAAGUGGUGUGCAGAAAAGGCAGACACUGUCAUCCUUGGACAUGAUGAGUUGAGUCUCUGUGAGCUGCAUGUUCAGCCGUGCUGUGGGGACUCCUCAACGGGCCAGAUGUCAGGGCUGAAAAUCCUCAAUUCUUGCCAUGGAAAACAGUGAUCCAAAGGCACUGAGUCUGUGUGAUUUAGUCACUGUCACCCUGGUUUUCCACCAACCUGUCCUUUAUUUUGCCCAUCGUGUGACUAUCAUUUCUUCAGUGUCCUAGUCUUUUUUCCCCUCAGAAGUGCUCUCUAGGUUUUGCUUGCAUUAUUUUUCAUUGAAUGUAUCCAAGAUGAAAAAUAAUAAUAAUAAUAAUAAUGUUUGGAAAGAAAAAUCUGGACUUUUCUCUCUGGUGCCGUUUUAGUCGUACAGAUAGUUAUUCAAUAGAUAGUAAAUUAUUUCUCCUAAGAGAUAUUUCCUUUUGUUUCUGUGCAGUACUAUGUAUGAACUUGGGUACUAGGAGACUGUAUUGUGCCAUUAUCAACCUUUAUUGCUAUUAAAAAAUGAUAGUUUGUAGAACUGAGGAUUUCCAUUGAUGUGAAGCACAAUUUAAUGAAUAAGUUACCAUAUUAAACUGUUGUGAUGUCAAGAA